AUGGAGCACGAGCUGACAUACAGGCCAAGCACAGGCACCAUCGCUGCAAUGUUUGUGCACACAUCAAAUUUGCACCCUGUCAUCCACCUCGUUAUGCAGCUCGAACCGGCCAUGCGUGUUCCAGAGUUAACACAGCUUACAAAUGAAGCACUAUAUGGGCAGCCGUGCUAUAAACUCAUAGCGUAUGGCUGUGCGCCGUCAGUGUACAGCAUUGUCAACAAUGCACAUGAGGAUAUGUAUGUGACACUUGGCAAGUACAAGACAAUUGCAAGUGAGCACAUCCACCAGAAAGAGCGGAUGGUCACCCACGUGAAAUACAUGAAAGGCAAGUGGGAACGCGGCCUGGAGAGCUAUGAUUGA